AUGCAGAAUAAUCAACAUAUAAGACUUGCAUAAGAAAUUAAUCCAACCCCUUGUGAAGGACCAGUUUCGUAGGUUGUGUAUCCAUAACUUCCAGAAUAGAACUUAUAAAUUGGUUAACCUAUUCAACCAAUAGUUCCAGCUCAAUAAUUUAUGAGAUAGAUCCCUUACUAAUAAUAGUAAUAUCCCUAAAUGUAAUAAUAACAAUAAGUUAUUUACAAUCCCACUGCUGUCUAACAAAUCCAACCAGUUUAUUCUAAAUACCCUCACAUAAUUACUUGUGCUUACUGUUAGAGAUAGGUAUAAACACAGGUUAAUUAUGAAGUCGGAAAUGGAGCUUACGCAAUUGGAGGACUUUUGGCAGCUGUUGGUCUUUGGUUAGGAUGUUGUUUGAUUCCAUGUUUUGUCUAAGAUUGCAAAGAUGCAGUUCAUUUCUGUCCAGCAUGCUAGGCUAAAAUUGGCAAAAAAAGAUUCCUAUUUGAUUGAUAUAAGGAUAGAUUUAUAGAAAAUUAUAAUAAAA